AUGAUAGAAAUUCGUCGUUUGGCUACUAUUCUCCUGGGUCUAGCCAUUGCCCUUGUGGCCGUUGGUUUAGCCACCUCACGUUGGGGUUGUGGAGGUCUGUUUGACUCCUGUCAACGUCAUGGUUACAAGGAUGCUGUGAUCGCUGUGAUUGCACUCCUCCUGGUCGGUAUUGUUUGCCUCGCCAUUGUGUUCAUCCUCGACCUAAUCGGUCUUUGCUCCGAUGUGUUUGUGGUCAGCGCUGGUUACCUGACCACACGAUUCAUCUUGCUCUACCUAGGUGCCGCCUGCUUGCUAACGGGAAUCUUGGUGUUUACCGGAAAGGUGGGCUACGCCUGGUCCUAUUUUGCCGCAACCGUUGGAUGUGUGUUCGCCUUGCAAAUCGCCAUCCUGGCUAUCAUUUCAUCACGUUGCGUAACGGGAACCCAACGAGUUGUUGUUCGUUCUGCGUAA